CGAAGCGGACUUAGACAGCAGUGGUAUCCCUCUCCUAAGUUAAGCAGUGUCAAACUGAACUGAAGUUGGGAACGAUUGGAAAUCCGCGUCAAACAAGUGUCUGUUCAGUUCCAACGAACCCUAUCUUAAAUUAAUCGUUCUAAAUAACCUGUGCUUUCGCAGAGCUGACUGAUCUCUGUGAGAUUGCAAAAACAUUCUCUAUAAAACAUUCUUGCCUACUGUUUACCGCAAAAAUGAUGAUGCACUCGUCUCAGAAGGACACAACCUACACAAAGAUAUUUGUAGGAGGUCUUCCAUAUCACACCACGGACUCCAGUCUCAGGAAAUACUUCGAAGUGUUCGGUGAUAUCGACGAGGCUGUUGUUAUAACGGACAGACAGACGGGCAAAUCCAGGGGUUAUGGAUUCGUGACGAUGGCAGACCGGGCGUCUGCGGACCGAGCCUGCAAGGACCCAAACCCCAUCAUCGACGGCCGGAAAGCCAAUGUGAACCUGGCCUACCUGGGGGCCAAGCCCAGGGUCAUGCAGCCAGGUGAGGGGAUGGACGCGCUGGCGGAGGGCUGCGCCACACGUUUAUUUCACAGCUUGGACGACCAAGGUUUCUCAUUUGGUGUUCCUCAAAUCCAUCCAGCAUUCAUCCAGAGGCCUUAUGGGAUCCCAGCCCACUAUGUCUACCCCCAGGCCUUUAUGCAGCCAAGCACCAUGGUCAUCCCUCACAGCAUGCAGUCGCCCGCCGCCACGGCCUCCGCCGCCUCCUCCCCGUACCUCGACUACACCGGAGCGGCCUACGCCCAGUACUCGGCCGCAGCCGCCAGCGCUGCGGCCGCCGCUGCCUACGAGCAUUACCCGUACGCAGCCUCCCCGGCCCCUGCGGGCUACAUGGCUGCAGCAGGGUAUGGGUAUGCGGUCCAGCAGCCUCUAGCAGCCGCAGCCACCCCGGGAGCAGCCGCAGCAGCUGCAGCCUUCGCCCAGUACCAGCCUCAGCAACUUCAGGCAGACCGCAUGCAGUAACUGACCACAACUACUACUAUUACUGAGCCUGGAUAACAGAAGAGGAGGAGGCUAUAGAGAGGAGGGAGGAGGUCAUACUCACCCCCAGGACACUACAAGGGGAGAGGUGGGGGGAGAGUGUGAGGAGGGGGGAGGGAUGAAGAGUUGAGUGGUGGUCGUCAAUCCUUGGCUUUACAACAUGCAGCGCUGCUACCAAAAGAGCCUGAAGAGAAUCAUCUCAUAACUGAAUAGAAUCGUCUCAUAACUGAAGAGAAUCGUCUCAUAACUGAAUAGAAUCGUCUCAUAACUGAAGAGAAUCAUCUCAUAACUGAAGAGAAUCGUCUCAUAACUGAAUAGAAUCGUCUCAUAACUGAAUAGAAUCGUCUCAUAACUGAAUAGAAUCAUCUCAUAACUGAAGAGAGUCGUCUCAUAACUGAAUAGAGUCGUCUCAUAACUGAAUAGAAUCGUCUCAUAACUGAAUAGAAUCGUCUCAUAACUGAAUAGAAUCAUCUCAUAACUGAAGAAAAUCAUCUCAUAACUGAAGAGAGUCGUCUCAUAACUGAAGAUAAUCAUCUCAUAACUGAAGAGAAUCGUCUCAUAACUGAAUAGAAUCGUCUCAUAACUGAAGAGAAUCAUCUCAUAACUGAAGAGAGUCAUCUCAUAACUGAAGAGAAUCAUCUCAUAACUGAAGAGAAUCAUCUCAUAACUGAAGAGAAUCAUCUCAUAACUGAAGAGAAUCAUCUCAUAACUGAAUAGAAUCAUCCCAUAACUGAAUAGAAUCGUCUCAUAACUGAAUAGAAUAGUUACUUCAUUAUUCAAAUAUCAUCAGUGUUGUCAUCACUAAAUUAUUGUUUUUUGUUGUUGUCAUUAUAUCAGAAAUAUUUAAUAUUUAUUCAUCAGGACAAAUAUCUAGAAUUAUUAUUUAAGAUAUGACCUCAUAACCAACCUUUAAGUUUAAGUUAAUAAUUUUAAGCAUAUUUAAUGUGUAGUAAAUUAAAUGUGUGAUUUUGUACAACUUUCACAAGUGCACUGAAGUCUAAUCAGGUAUUUUUCCCUCAAAUUUCUUAAACAAUGUAGAUGGUCAAACCAAAAACACACUUUUGGUCACUUUUCACCUUUUAAUACUUUUAAACCUACCUUUUGAACUAUGCAAUUUGAUAUAUAUACAGUUGAAAUCAGAAGUUUACAUAUACUUAGGUUGGAGUCAUUAAAACUUGUUUUUCAACCACUCCACAAAUUUCUUGUUAACAAACUA